AUGCUCUCCGCCGGUCAGCCACCGAUCACACCUAGCCUCGUAAACUCGCCGUCCAGCGUACCCGUGACAAAGACGCACAUCAUGCCUGAUCUCGAGCCCAACGGCACCUCCACACACGCCGCAAUGCAUCCCCGGUCCAAUCAGGUCUCCCCGAUCCAGCAUAUCUGGGUAGUGACAGGUCCUGCUGGCUGUGGCAAAAGCACCGUCGGUCAAGCCAUCCGCCAGAAACUGAACCUACCAUUCUUGGAAGGCGACGAUUACCACCCCAAAGCCAACAAAGACAAGAUGGGCAACGGCACCCCCCUUACAGAUGCAGACCGCUGGGACUGGCUCAUCUCACUCCGCCAGGCUGCCAUCGAUGCUCUCUCCCCCUCGGAAUCCAAUAACUUCCACCCACCCGCCGGCGUGGUCGUGGCCUGUUCCGCCCUGAAGCAGAAAUACCGCGAUGUGAUGCGCGUCGCCGCAUACGGAUCGCCCUCCGUGCAGAUCCACUUCGUCUACCUCAAGCUCACAGAGGCUGUUCUCAUGCAGCGUGUCAGCCAACGCAAGUCGCACUAUAUGAAGAGUGACAUGGUUCAAUCGCAGCUAGCUGCUCUAGAGGAGCCGCAGGGCGAGUGGGAUGCUAUCACGAUUAAUGUGGAGGGAUCACAGGAGCAGGUGCAACAGAAUGUGUUGAAAGCUGUUGCUGAGAAGCUAAAGGAGUAUUCUUGA